AUUUAACAGCAGAGGCGUUACACACCCAACACUUCCUGCUUUCAUUUCAUUCGUGUAAACCGACCGUUUCCUUUUCUUCUCUCAGAAGCGCUACAAGCGCUGGUACUGGACUGUUGUUUACAACGAAUAUGGCAGUUGCAGCUGAACAAACCAUUGCCUUCAGUGCAGGCAGUCUCCCGGGGCCACACGUAAAGAAAGUGAGAUUUACAAAUUCUUACCCAUUUGUGAAGCCAGAUCUAAGGGACGAGCAACAGCAGGACUCUGUGGAAAUAUUCAUAACAUUUGGGAAAGCCUGUCUAAAGAGUUUUAAAAAACGUACCCGCAAAAGUACUGAGCAGAAAGACACCUUAACUGUUGAUGAGUCAAAGCAACUCAUCAGAGAGCUGGCUGCUGAACUGGACAGAGUGAUACAGAGAAAGAAAUGCUGCUUGAUGUCAGGGAAGUUGAGAAAUAAAGGAUCCAAGGAGGAACAGCAGUAUUAUUUUUUGCAGUGGGCAGAAGAGCUUGAGCACUUGCAAACAAGGAACAAGGAAGAACAGACACCACAAACCUUUUCAGAGAAUGUUUGGGACAGAGAAAUGAAAGUAAAGAGAGCCAAAAAAAUGUUGUGCAACUGGUCUUGGAAGCUAAAAAAAAUGAAACAGAAUUCAGUAUGUCUGGAGGGUGAAUGUGAAGAAACUCUGAGGGAUCUUCACGGACAGUGGAAAAAGCGAGAAUCCAGCAUACUUCCAGUAAUGGACUGGAUGAUGUGGACUGUGCUGCAGUCAAAAAGCUCUGAGAAUUCAGCUCCUAAACAGUGGGUGAAGAAUAAACAGGGCUCAAAAAAUCCAGCUGGACUGCAGAUUCCUAACGCAGUUUGGAAUUGGAUUACAAAAUUAAAAGCUGAUGUCAUUCUGGAUCCAAACACAGCCAACCCGGACCUCCAAGUCUCUGAAGAUGGAAAAUAUUUAAUAGCAAAAAAAUACACAGGUCUGGAUUACUGGAGAGGGUUUCAAAGAAAGCGAUGUAAAUUUGAUGGUUGGACUUGUGUCCAAGCUAAGGAGGGUUAUAAUGCAGGUAGACAUUACUGGGAGGUCGAUGUAAAGGGCAAAUGUGAGUGGCGUGUGGGAGUGGUGAAGGAAUCUGCCCCUCAGCAUGGCUUUAUCUCAAUGAACACAAAAGCAGGAUACUGGAAUCUGCGUCUGCAGCUGGGAACUUUAAUAGCUUUGACUGAACCCGUCACUAAACUCAAUAUGCUGAAACCAUGUAAAAUAGGAGUUUAUCUUGACAUAGAAGAGGGCCAUGUAUCCUUCUAUGAUGUACAGAAAAGGAGACAUAUCUACACCUUUAAUACAGAAUUUAGUGGGACAGAAAAGAUUUACCCAAUGUUUGGCACUGUUGAGACAGACACAGCAUUGGUUAUUUCAUCAUUAAAUACAUGUCUUAAUAUAAACCACAAAAAAUAAAAAAUAUGGGCCCUCUAAGGGCUCUAUCAUGCACCUGGUGCAAGACGCAGUUCUCAUUUUCCAGUCCAGCUCCGCCACGUAAUUUAACUAGCAAAUGUAUUAGCAAAUGCAGUAUUUUUUUUUGUUAUUUUAAAGAGUGUUAAGUAGAAAAUGCACCAUAUGCCAGUGUCAUAUGCCAGUGAGGUGGCUCUGGGGCUGCCAAAUCAACAUCUGAUUGUAAAUAGCUAUCUGCCAUGGUGCAAGCACAACUUCCAUUUAAAGGGAAUGGGAGACGACACUCUGAUUGGUUUAUUAAACGUUACGCCCAAAAAACACCCAUUACUUAAGAGAAUCGGGACAACUAACUUUGACUAUGCGCACAGACCUCUUUCCUGUUGAUAAAAUAGCAAAAAUGUUUGGGUAGAAGAAGUCUGACACCAUACAUAUCCUGUGCUUCAUGCCCUGCUCGCGAUCAGUGGGCCGGGACGGGUCCAAAGAUGAAGGGGUUUUAGGUGAAUGUGUGUGACCUCUCUUCCUGUGGCCCAUGGUGAGGUGAAGUCUUCAGUGCUCUGUUCUUCAAAAGCAGGGAUGAACCUCUGGACAAAACAGUCAUAUUAUAUAAAGAGUGCAGUAUAUUGUGGUUGAAAACUUUACUACAGCACGGUAACUGCUGCUAAAUAUCCAUCCACCAUUUCAGGCUACGGUGAUGUGACAAUAAAGAUUUGUUUUAAUUGACGAACGAAAUAAAUUAAUUAUGAAAGUACAUUAA